CUGCCACAGCCAUCUUCUACAGGCCCCUCACUUCUUAACCGCCCUCCUAAUCCUCUCGGAGCCUCUACAUGUUCAACACGCAGUGACGGAGGUGGGCUUUGCCAAGUUAGUUGCAAAGGUGCUAGCAGCUCCCCUCACCUCCGGUCAACUGUUUCAGGCCAUGUCGAGACUGGAGAACUAGGGCUUCUGGCCAGGCUUCGUGCACUAAACGCCAGUUCUGAAGUGAUCAGCCAGCUGGGGCAACCAAUGCACACUUCUAUCGGCGGUCAAGCUUCAGCUCCGUAA